AUGGCUGGUAAAUUGGUGACUGUUCCGGCUGGUCCCAGAGAGUCGGUCACUAAAAUUCUGCCAUACCUGGAAGGCGUUGUCGCCCGCGGUGUCGUCAACUUGAGCGAGCAACAAGCUGGGACAGCGUCGCACCUCAAGCUCAUCGGAAACGUCAUGAUCCUGAUGAUGAUUGAGGCAGUCGCAGAAACCCACGUUCUUGCGGAGAAGACCGGGUUGAUGAACGAAGUUAUGCACGACGCUAUCAAUACUCUCUGGCCUGGUGCUGCCGGCGUGUACUCUAGGCAAAUGCUGUCGGGGCAGUACUACCUCGAAAACCCAAUGGUGCCCAUUGAUAUGGCGGUAAAGGUCUCAUCGCAUGUGUUAAACCUUGCCGAAGCACACGGAGCCGAGCUUCCUGCAUACAAAGCCGUGCGAGGACAGAUCGAAGCCGUGAAGAAGCACUGCGGUUCCCAGGGCGAUCUUCUGGGUGUGUACGGUGCCGGACGAUUACAGAGCGGAUUGCCAUACAAGAAAGAAAAAGUACUGAAAGAUGACGGCACAAAAAUGCAUUAA